AAGCUAAACAUAAAGCAAUAAUGUCAUCAACCUAAUGUUAACUCAUAAAAGCAAAUUAUACAUUGAUAAAUAAAUUGUGAAGUCUCUCACGCAGAAGAAGCAAAGAUCGGUCUUUUAACAGUCAGUGAGUGGUGAAAGAAAACAAAGAGGUUUAACUAUGGUGAUGGUUCGCGCAGCCAAUGCCAGGAUCAAACCAUUCUCCUCGCCUUUCGCUACUAAUCUCGCAACGCUGCAAUCUCAAAUUGGCUACAACUUCACCAACAUCAACCUCCUUCGCCGUGCCAUGACUCAUGCUUCCUUCUCUCAAGAGAACAACAAAGCCCUCAGUAUCUUUGGAUUCCAUCUCAUUGAAACCUCUGUUUCCCUUCAGCUUCUCUCCAAAGAUAUCGAUACCUCCUCCAAAGCCUUGACCCGUUUGAUAGCAGAGGUUUCAAAUGUGGAAUCCUCGUGUGCUCUUGAUGGGAACCGGUUGGGUUUGGAGAGGGUUAUCAGGGUUUCUCCCAAGACUGAUGCGUCCAACUCGGGGAUCGUUUGUGGUGGGUUCAGGGCAAUCUUUGGAGCUGUUGCUACUGAUUCUGGAACGGUUGAUGAGGCUAUUAAGGUUUUCUGGAAAGUACAUGGAGCUGGAGCUGCAAGACUUGUGUCUGUGCUGUAAAUUAGUGUAUGGUAGUAGUUUGCUUCCGAUGGUAAAAGUUCCAAGAGACUCGUCUUUAAGGCUUAUAUCUGUCUCUCUUUUUUUUUCUCUCGUGUUGUGUGAUGAGUCAGUCACUCAGAGUGACCGAUGACCAAACAUAAUAAUAUUGGUUGAUGUUAUGGACCAAUUGAUAAGGUACCACUGAUUGUUUCAAUUUUCAACUAAAGAGGCUGAGAGUUAGUAGGUUUUGUGUUGAGAA